CACUACCACGCGCUACCCCGCCAAGUCCAAGAUGCCGCGUAUGGACCUAGGCCUUCCCUACAACCAUUGUAGCAACACACCAUGCCGCGAUGGCUUUCAGAGCCCUAGCCUCCUCCGCUGCGGUGGUUGUCAGGUCGUCAAGUAUUGUGGCCAGCCUCACCAAAAGGCCCAUCGACCCAGACACAAGGUCCAAUGUAUCCCGAUUAAACAGCAGAAGGACAAGGUUGUAGAGGAGGAGCAGAAGCUAUGGGCUGAUCCUGGCGUAGAUACAGCCGGGGAAAACCCUUUCGAAAGUAUUGUGGGCAAUUUCUGGUUUUUCAAAAGUACUCUCCCUUACAUGCAAGCUCGCUUUGACCACAUCACCGCCAUUCUUAACCGUCACAAUUGCGAAGCAGCUGAGAUGGCACUCGAUAAUUCUCUCGACCUGCUUCACCUUUGCAGAGGCGACAAUCUCAGCGUUCGUUCCCAGGAUCCUGCGCUGUAUCUCCGGCUUAGCAGGGACCAGGAGGCAUACGAUUUUAUCAACUGGUAUGCGGUCAGAGACCCUAGCUAUGACUUCCACGAUACGAGCUUGCCAUUCCUCGAAAAGCAUGACGAAGACGCGUUUGAGGCUGUCAACGAGAAACCCAAUUUCACCAAUUUGUCCUUCUUCGUGGCAUUAACGCUCAUCAAAAUUCGUUUGAUGAAGGACUUGGAGGGACUCCAAAAGUUCGUCCAGAGCAAGUCUAACGCCGCAGGUGAGGCUAGAUAUGAUUAUUUGCAGGAGGAGGCCAUGAGCGAUAUACUUCUCAAACGGCCGGAUAUUGUCGCGCAAGAUAAUUACAAGGAAAUUAUCGAUGAGCUUCGACGCCAGUACAGCGUACCGAUGGGUUAUACAAUUGGUUCACGAGAGGAGGCUGUGCUUGUUUUUCGGAACUCUUGGUACUCGUGGUCGGAGACGGAACCGGCUAUCGGGUUCAUUCGGGGCGUUAUACGCAACGAUCGGUAA